ACGAGUUUACAUCUAUUGUUAGUGUAUAUCUAUGCAAGUCUGGUUCAUCAACCAAACGAGGGAAAGACUCGUGCACCUGCUCUCUUCAGAAUUCGGUUGUAUGGAAUCUUAACAAGAUCGCACAGGAGCUGUCUCCAGAAGCUACCAACCUCCAGCUGUAGACAUGAACUGGUCAUCCCUGGAGGCGUUGCUCAGCGGCGUGAACAAAUACUCUACUGUUUUUGGUCGCAUCUGGCUCUCCAUGGUCUUCAUCUUUCGUCUUUUGGUGUUUGUGGUGGCCGCACAGCCAGUAUGGGGAGAUGAUACGAAAGACUUUGUGUGCAACACAGCUCAGCCGGGUUGCACUAAUGUGUGCUAUAAUCACACUUUCCCCAUCUCUCCUAUUCGCUUAUGGGCCCUUCAGCUCAUCUUAAUAACUUGCCCGUCUCUCAUGGUGAUGGGCCAUGUCAAGUUCCGUGAAAAGAAGAAUCAAAAUAAUGCCAACAUUCAGGAAGGCAAACCUCUGUAUGCCAACCCGGGAAAGAAACGUGGUGGGCUAUGGUGGACCUAUUUGCUUAGUCUGGUGUUUAAAACAUCCAUCGAUGCUGGCUUCCUCUACAUCCUGUACUAUCUCUAUGAAGGAUACGAGUUGCCCCGUUUAACAAAAUGUAGUCUUAAUCCCUGCCCUAAUGUGGUGGAUUGCUACUUGGCCCGUCCCACAGAAAAGAUGAUCUUCACAAUUUUCAUGGUUGCCUCCUCUGUUCUGUGUAUCUUCAUGUGUUUGAUUGAGAUGAUAUACCUCGUGUGCAAGCGCUGUAAGAAGGUGCUUCAUGAACACACAAAAAAAGAGGGGAUGCAGUUGAAUGAGCAUCACGAACUGAGACCUUUUUCCAGAUCAAAGUGUCAGUCAAGAGUCGAUCCUACUGCCUCCUCCACGCACAGCCUCAGCAAACAGAAAAAAGAGCAUGACAAAGAAGAAGAUAUCGCAAUGCAUGUAAACUAUCUAAAGUGGCAAAGCAUCUCAUGAAGCCAAGUCCAACUUUGAGAACCCUAUGAAUCAUCCUGAUAUCUGACUACAGAUUUUACUAAAGUACUUUUAAAUGCUGGUGCACAUUCAUCAUGGCAUACC